AUGUCAGAUCUACGAAAUAAUACGACUGUGUCAGAACAAAAAUCAGAUAAUAACCAAAUUAUAAGUGGUAACCGGUCGAGAAAGAAGACUAAAACCAAGGUUUUGGAUAAGGAUACUAAUCAAAUUAAAAGCUCCGAUAGAGGCCAAAAAGCUGCUGUUAAAUUAAAGCGGGAAGGCAGUGAUGUGUCAAUUGACGACAAUCAGAAUGUAGAUGGCCAGCAAUGCAGUAAUUGUGGAACUACGAAGACUCCAUUGUGGAGAAGAGCAUCUGAUGGAACAUUAAUAUGCAAUGCUUGUGGAUUAUACUUGAAAUCAAAUAAUACACACAGACCUGUAAAUCUCAAGAGACCACCUAAUACAAUUCCUGUAGGGGAGUCGCAAGCAGGAUCGUGUAAGGGUGACGGCCGUUGUAAUGGCACAGGUGGCUCUUCGGCGUGUAAGGGAUGUCCUGUAUUCAAUAAUAGAGUUGUUAUAAAGAAAGAUAACUCACCUCCACCUAAGUUAACAAAUUUACCAAAUCAGCCCGGUGAUGGUAGUAAUAGUGAUGAAGGUACAGAUCUGAUGGCCAUAGCGUGCUUUAAUUGUGGAACAACCAUUACUCCCCUUUGGAGAAGAGAUGAUGCUGGGAACACAAUCUGCAAUGCUUGUGGAUUGUACUAUCGACUCCAUGGUUCGCACAGGCCAAUCAGGAUGAAACGAAAUACUAUAAAGAGAAGGAAGCGAAAUUUGUCUCAACUGAAAAGAGAUGAAUCGGAUACUAGUGUAGAAGAAUUGAGGCACUCGGAAGCUUCUGCAGACAAACCCAAUGGUUCUUCCCUGCAAAGGUAUGUCAGCUCUCCUAAUGCACUUCUUCCACCACCUUCACUCGUUCGAUCUUUUAUUCUGCCGCCAUCAUUACCUGCUCCUCAAAUUUCUUAUUAUACAGCAUAUAGCGGUUCUAGAUUACCUGCUAUGCCAGUGAGAGCUCAACCCCCAUUGCCUAGUAUGCAAGUGCCAUCAGGAAUGCUUCAUCAUGAAGUGACUCAUAGUUACUAUCAAUCCCCACUUGAUCAUGUUCGGUCAUCAUCUCCUAACUAUAUGGUUCAUCCACAAGAAAAUUCUUUAAGUCAUGAAAUCAAAUUACCUAAAAUAUCUACCAAUUAUAAUGUUACUCAAAAGAGCCUGAAUCAGUUGCAAGAUCAUAGAUUAAAGACAGCUUCUCCGCAGCCAUCACUGCCUGAAGCGACCCAUAAUGAUGAAGGGACAUCUAAAAAGUCGGCAUCCGUUCCUUUAGCAAUUGAUUUCACAACGUCGCAAAGAGACAUCAAAAUAGACGACAAAUCAGAAAAAAUAUCAAGUGGCCGUCAAAACCGUCAGAACCGUCAAAACGUGUCGAUUGGUGGUUUGCUAAAUGAUAAAUAA